CUUCACCGUUCAUUAAAGCAGCAUUGCCGCCAGCUAGCUGCCAGGCUCGCUCGGUCUGUAGCUACUUUUACUGCAAUGUGUGUGUCUGCGUCGCUACCACAAUGUCGAGACGACAUGACAGCAAUCCCAAGCAGGAGACUUUGUUUUCAUUCGAACUUUUAGUGGAAUACAUUCGAAUCGAAAGGACGGUUUCCGACGCCCUGGCUGUCGGAAUACGGCUGUUGGACUUCCCAACGCUGCUCAUUUAUCCGCCCCAGCUAAGAAAUGAGAAGAAACACCAUGACAAAGGAGCGCUAUGUUCAUUUAAUAGAGGCAAGUCAUGUUUCUUCCAAAUGAAUCUGGACACUCUGCAUAUGCAACUCUCACAUACGCCUCUCUAUGUUAUGAUUCUGGAUGUGAAAGGGGAUAUACCUCAGUUAGUAGGGACCUCUCUUCUCUCAUUGGCAAAAACAAUGGACAGACUCAGACAAGAUGCCAGUAAACAUGGAGUCUCAACCUGCUCCUCUUAUGGAGAAAGGGGGCUUGUGUGCAUUAACAACCCUGCUGACGAGAGCGUUGGAUCGAUUUCUUUGAGUUUUAAACUGUUGAUUGUUGGAUCCACUUUACCAUCACAUGUGACCAAAAGCAUCCGAGUCUACAGGGAACCGAGUGCUCAAGAGGGCGACAUGGACAACCCUGAUCAAGACAUUUUAAAUAGCGUGGCUGUAUCCACGCAGACUGAACGAGAUCCAAUAAGCCAGAUUCCUCACACCAUGCCAAAAGAGGAGAACAUUUUUGAUGAGGACCUUGCUGUAUUUUGCCCCCCGCAUCUUUACUAUUGUAAUUCAAAGGAGGAGAAAGCGUAUACUCAAGGAGGGCGGUACGCAUUUUUUAAACCCAACUCAAAGGUUGUAACACACGAUGACACGUCCUCUGAAAGUGAAACCUCUUCAGUGAUGGACCAGACAGGGAGACCUGCAGCCAAAAUAUCAGAAGGCCAUGAAGUCAGUGUGAAUCAAAAUGUCCUGGAGGAAGCCCUGAGACCGCUUCCUCUUCUAAAUGCUCUUCUCGUCGAGUUGUCACAGUUAAAUGUCCAGAACCUACACCAUCAGCCCCUGUUUAAUCAUCUCAACUUGGAUAGGAUGUCUGUGCCUGCAUCCACUGAGCCUUCACAUGGACAAGGGAGCGUAAGAGCAUCCAAAACUGGGCCUUUGCAGGAACAUUUAAAUCCCCCCAGAGAUGUUUCUCCAAAAAUGUGUGCAUCUGAAAACAACCAUAAUAAGGCGUUGAUUGAGAAUAGAAAUCACAGAAAAAAGCUAGUAUAUGGAACAACAAGAACGUUCAAUCUCAGGCGGCAGAAACACCUCACUGCGGUGAAACAGCGUGAGUGUAUAAUGACACACAUUCACAAUGAGGUACAGUCAAGUAAAGAGACGAAAAAAUGUCCAGCUAAAAGCAAAGGAAAUAUGAAAAGGACACAAAAAUUAGAGAUGGAGUCUUUGGCACAGAACACUAUGACACUGCUAAAAUGUGCAGAUGAAUCUGUCUUGGAAAGUCCUAAGCAGGACAGAAAACCUCAGCACAUUUCAGUCUGCAGUCCUGGUGUGGCUCGUCAAGAUGAUGCCACCAAUGACACGCUUCCAGGAGCAAACCAGGCAGAGAGGUUAAGUGAGAAAUCUUCCACAAGUAGUAGACGCAGUAGCCGCAGGUCCUUACUAUCAGACUCCAGCAUAGAGAGAACCAAAGAAGAAGAUUACGCGGAUGACUUUAACAGUUUUGAGCCCAGUGAUGCAGACGGCACCAGCAGCAGUCUCGAACCUGUUCAAGCUGAGCCUCCAAGUGCUCCAGUUAUCCGCAGUUCAGAUUCUGGCACAGAGUCAGUCCAGGAGAGAGCCCUACUUCCCGCACCCAUCAGAGCUCGUAGCCCCUUGCAGCGGGUGUUGAGAGGCACGCACAUUAUCCGAACAUUAGACACUGCACUCAGCUUGUCCUCUGAUGAGGAAGACAAGGAAGGUCGUUUACAAACGGUACACUCCUAUAAAGAAGCAAAGGAGGGGGGAUCCGAAGCAUGGAGUCUCACAUCAUGGAGAGGUCAAAGGAGUGAGUCGGACAGGAGCAGCAGCGCCAUUCAGCAAAAUUAUUCACCAUCUGAGUGCUCCGAUUCGCUGGAGGCUGAAGAAAUGGAAGACGAGCUUGGCUCUCUGGACUUUAGAAAAGAAUACCAGCAUAUAUCUGAGCUAGUGGCCUGCAAGCUGCCUGGUUACACAAUGUAAAUACAAAGUUAGUACCACAAUCUAUUUUUUUAGGCUUUAGGUUUCUAGUAUUGCAUGUAGUAUGUUUCGCAUCGAAGCAAUGUGUGUAUUUUAAUUUGAAAUAAAUACAUUUGUU